ACUCGCCUCCGGGUGGGUCUCGGGCCCCGAGGCUCGCAGAUCCCCGCCCAGCCGCGCAGCCUCCUCUACUCGGGCCCCCAGCCCGGGCUAGAGCCCCGAGGCCCCCCGAGCCUCCCUGGCCGCCCCGCGGGCGGCGCCCUCCUCCGUCCCUCCGCCCUCCGCCGCUGCGCCCACCCCCUGCCCGCAGAGCGCCUCUCGCCUGGGCCGCAGUAGUCAGUUACCUGCUCCACGGGGCGAACACGUGCGGGGGCCGACAGACACUCCAGCUUCACAGGAGGCCGGCGCUCCUGGACCGCAGGUGCAGAGAUUGUGGGCAGACUAUGUAAUCGCUGCGGAGGGGGAAGAGGAGGGAUCGGCGCUCUCCUGCGGCGGCAGCGCGGCGACUCGGCUAGGCGGAGUUUCGCGGCGGCUGCGCCCGGCUUGAGCCCGCGGGCAAAGAGGUCGGUCCGUCCAGCCCGGCGGCCGCGAGUCCGACUCCCGGCGUCCCCGAGGCGUAUAAGGCAACCAGUGAGCACCCGGGUUCCACUGUGCCGCGCCGGCAGCCUCCAGCCAGCAUGGAGAAGGACAGCCUGAGCCGCGCGGACCAGCAGUAUGAGUGCGUGGCGGAGAUCGGGGAAGGCGCCUACGGGAAGGUGUUCAAGGCCCGCGACCUGAAGAACGGCGGCCGCUUCGUGGCUCUGAAGCGCGUGCGAGUGCAGACCGGAGAGGAGGGCAUGCCGCUCUCCACCAUCCGCGAGGUGGCGGUGCUGAGGCACCUGGAGACCUUUGAGCACCCCAACGUGGUCAGGUUGUUUGACGUGUGCACAGUGUCACGGACAGACAGAGAAACUAAACUUACACUAGUGUUUGAGCAUGUUGAUCAAGACUUGACCACUUACUUGGAUAAAGUUCCGGAACCUGGUGUACCCACAGAGACCAUAAAGGAUAUGAUGUUUCAGCUUCUCCGAGGUCUGGACUUCCUCCAUUCUCACAGAGUAGUGCAUCGUGACCUGAAGCCGCAGAACAUUCUGGUGACCAGCAGUGGACAAAUAAAACUGGCUGACUUCGGCCUUGCCCGCAUCUACAGUUUUCAGAUGGCCCUUACCUCAGUGGUGGUCACGCUGUGGUACCGAGCCCCGGAAGUCCUGCUCCAGUCCAGCUACGCCACGCCCGUGGACCUCUGGAGUGUCGGCUGCAUCUUUGCAGAGCUGUUUCGCAGAAAGCCUCUUUUUCGUGGAAGUUCAGACGUGGAUCAACUAGGGAAAAUCUUGGACGUCAUCGGACUCCCAGGAGAAGAAGACUGGCCCCGGGAUGUUGCUCUUCCCAGACAGGCUUUUCACUCCAAAUCUGCCCAACCCAUCGAGAAGUUUGUGACAGACAUCGACGAGCUAGGCAAAGACCUCCUUCUGAAAUGCUUGACGUUUAAUCCAGCUAAAAGAAUAUCCGCUUAUGGCGCCCUGAAUCACCCAUACUUCCAAGACCUGGAGAGAUACAAGGACAACCUGCAUUCUCACCUGUCGUCCAGCCAGAGCACCUCGGAGCUGAACACAGCCUGAGGCUCCCCGGGGAUGCCGCGAGCUCGUCAUCUGAACACACUGGUGGCUGGGAGUCCCCCAGGCAAGCCUUGCAGAGCAGUUCCAGACUGCUGGCCGAGGACCCUUCUAGCUGCCAGCUUCUGGGUGGGUUCUGCCUCACCAAGGAAACCACCUAGUUUACUGUUCAGAGAUCAAUGCAAGAGCGAUUGCAGCUUUACGUUCAUACACUUGUUUGUUUGUCUGUCUGUUUCAAGAACCUGGAAGACUUCCAGAAGAGAAGCUGCUGACCAAUUGUGCUGCCAUUUCGUUUUCUAACCUUGAAUGCUGCCAGUGUAGGAUGGGGAUCCAGGCCCAGCUGAGUUAUGAUGUAAUCUGCCUGCAGCUGCUGGGCCUGCUUUGGUACUUGUGAGUGAGUGUGUGUGUGUGUGUGUGUGUGUGUGUGUGUGUGUGUGUGUGUGUGUGUGUAAGAGACGGGGGAAGGGAGAGAGAACGAUCCCUGAUCUCGUAAAGUGUUACUUUUUCGUAGACCAGAAGAAUAAAUGAAUUUUAAAGAAA